AUGCACGAAGAACGCCUUUUGCCUGAAUACAUUGUGCCUACAGUAAAGUUUGGCGGGGGUGAAAUUAUGAUCUGGGAUGUUUCUUACGGUUUGGCUAAGACACUUGAUCCCAAUUCAUGUCGAAUGCUGGCUGGAGCUUCAAACGGCGACAUUAACAUUUAUACUUGGAAUAUUAACUCUGGAACCUAUACCACUGAUCUGAAAAAGAUUUUGGGGAGGAGGCCUUCUGAACGAAUGGAAUAUAAAACAGUUCAGUGGCACACCUUUAACUGCAAUAAAUUUCUGGCAACUGACCGGGACAGAGAAAUUAAGAUAUUUGACGUAAAUAAUGACUCGAACGCUGAAAUUAAAAUGUGUUUCGAUAUCAAUAUUUCCGGUUUUAACAUGUCCUCAGGGGCUAACAAAAAUCUUAUUGCAGUUGCCAGGAAAGAUCCUUAUAUACAUAUCAUAGAUAUCAGAUCGUCGCCUACAAUUUGUCUAUCGGUUGAAGCCUCUCCAGUUGCAGUUUCUUCCGUGAGAUGGUCAACCAAAUCUGAUGAAAUAUUUGCAAUUGGUAGUGUUGAUGGCACUAUUUCUCUCUGGGAUUUUCGAUUUCCUGAACAAAGUCUGGGUGGACCACUGAAAAAAGAAAACUCCACAACUGCUCAUGAUGGUGAAGUCGACAGCCUAAGGUUUACCAAUGAUGGACUAUUCCUGGUGUCCCAUGGACUUGACAAUCGCAUACAUGUUUGGAAUGCGACUUCAGGAAAAGCCUUUGAUGUCGAUUUUGGUGCAAUACCAUCUGCAAGAAAACCUUAUCCAGUGUCAAUUGAUAUGUGCUACGAUUCUAAACCCCCAGUUCUUUUUGUUCCUAGCAGAGACUGUAUUAUUAUGUAUAAUCUUUUUACUGGGGAUAGAAUUAAAACGUUAAUGGGCCACACUAAUUUUGUCUCUUGCUGCGCUUAUCGAUCUUCAUCAAAUGAACUAUUUAGUGCUGGAACGGAUCAGAAAAUAUUAUUGUGGACCCCAAGAGGUCACAUACAGAUGGAAGAAUGA